CUCCCUCAGCCGGUAGACCAGCACAUCAGCACCCACCGCAACAAGGGUAAGGAAGGAACAAUGAAGAGGGCUAUUGCAACGCUGAUGGGAGGCCUCAUGGCCUCAGAGGCUUUCGUCCUUCCAGCUGCAGUGAGCAGAGGUCUCGCCGCAGCCGGGUCUUCCAGCCGCGAGGUCGUGAGUUGCUCUGCCUCAACUUCAUCUUCAUCUUCCUCUUCCUCUUCCUCCCAGGGAGGCGGGCAGAACAACCGCGUUGCUUUCCUCCACAAGGCUGGGCUCGCGGCGGCCACGACUGUUGCCGCGGUGACGGGCUCUCCGCUGCUUGCUCGUGCCGAGGAGGAGGAUGAGGUGAAGGUGGGAGAGGAGGUUACGACCGACAGCGGCCUCAAGUACACCGUCACGGUUGCUGGAAAGGGCUCCAAGCCUAGCCCUGGAAACAUGGUCAAGGCCCACUACACCGGAUGGCUGAAUGCCUUCGGCGAUGAGGAUGGCGCGAAGUUCGACUCAUCCCGCGACAGGGGGAGACCGUUCUCGUUCAAAGUGGGAACGGGACAGGUGAUCAAGGCCUGGGACGAGGCGAUGCUCGACAUGAGGAUCGGGGAACGCCGCCAGAUCACGGUGCCGCCUCAGCUGGGGUACGGCAGCCGCGGCGCAGGAGGCGUGAUUCCCCCGAACGCCACACUCUACUUCGAUGUCGAGCUCCUCGCCGUGCAGCCCUAGGAUAUCGAUAUUGGAGUUAUAGCCAAGAAAUACGACUAGAGGUUCGGGGCAUCUUUGUCCAAAGAAAGAGGUUCUUGAAGCGGAGAGUGGCGGGCAAGUAGGGGCACCGGGGCCGAGAACAAUGAUGUGUAGAAGGAGAGAGGCCGUACAGUAGAAAGCGGCAUCAGUGUUGUACGGGGAGUUUUCCGGAACCAAAGCAGUGGGACGACGCACUCUACCGCGCACGCUGCGAGUGACGGUACUUUACUGCUGUACAGAUGUGGCGAUCGCUCCAAAGCAAAAGCUAUCCCUUCUUGAUCUUCUGUGAGGUCCUCCCCUUUUGACUAUUUUAGGCUCUCCACUCCCUUCUCAAGAGAUGAUGGGCGCAUGUGCGGCCAACUGUGCCUUAGGGAAAUGGGCAUGCAGCACUGUACCAAAUAAGGUGUUCUUGUUUUCCGUGGAGAAUAGGGCGAGGCGGGGUUCUCUAGCUAGAAACACGGCAGUACUGUUGAACAUGUUGGGCACCGGAAGUAACAUCCCGUCUUGCAGCAGAAACGAGGGCAUGAACCGCGACCAUACGACAACGUUAGGUAGUAGUAGUGGGGUGUUCUUGUUAUAGACCUAGAUUCAUUCGUAGUUUGCAGGCCAUCGUCCACUGCUGCUUUCGACAGCAACAAGUUAUCGCGUGCGACGAAAAUGCUGCUAAAUUUGGUCGUUCCCAACAU